AUGAACGACGCUUCGCAUCCGCGACGGCGGUUCGUUCGUUCGGACAGUACGAAGGAUGAAGGCCCUAUGAUGGGGGGUAUUCCUACUAGUGUUCUGGAAGAUCCGCUACUAAAUGUUGCGAUUGAUAGUUUGCUACCGAAGCAUUACAAUUUUGAAAUCCACAAAACAGUACAUCAAAUCCGCAAGUAUGAAGCGACGUGUGUGGCGUUGCAAAUGCCCGAAGGCCUCACCAUGUUUGCGACGGCUAUUGCAGACAUCAUUGAACGAUUUACAGGUGCUGCUUCUGUGAUUAUGGGUGAUGUAACAUAUGGCGCUUGCUGCGUUGACGACUAUACGGCGUUAGCACUGGGAUGUGACAUGUUGGUCCAUUAUGGACACAGUUGUUUGAUCCCAGUAGAUCAGACAAUGAUCCGUACACUUUAUGUUUUCGUGGAGAUUCAAGUCGACACAACACAUCUUUACCAAACGAUCCGGGUGAAUUUCCCUGCUGAUCGGGCAUGUUUCCGUCAGCGAGUCCUCACAUCGCCAUAUGAGCAAGCGACGCAUGCGGCAUUGCCUGUACAAGCGCAGGAACCAACGACGUCAAAAAAACAGCCUACCCAUAUCGCACUUGUCGGUACAGUCCAGUUCAUCGGGGCAAUUCAGGCCAUUCGAGAGGCACUUACAACAUGUCCGUCAGAGGAUGACAUUUCUGCGCGCAAAGCCAUCGCGCCAAAAGAAGAGAGCGAAAUCGCAGGGGCCGAACAUGAUAACAGUAUCUUUGGAACCAGCGGCGCACAUGGCGCCUUCAAAGCGAGCGUACCGCAAAUUAAGCCGCUAAGCCCUGGCGAAGUCUUAGGAUGCACAUCGCCGAAACUUGAUGCUUCAGAUGUUGACGCAAUUCUGUACGUGGGAGACGGACGUUUCCAUCUCGAGUCUAUUAUGAUUGCAAAUCCGCGCAUACCUGCAUUCCGCUAUGAUCCAUACACGAAGCGGCUGCAACGCGAGUUGUAUGAUCAUGCAGAAAUGAGACGGCUUCGGAAAAAAGCAGUUCUCGAAGCACAAGCGACUCUGGAAGAUGCAUCGCUCCCGCGUGGUUAA